UGCUAUGUGGAUACUUGUUAGCAAUGACUGAUGUGGAAUCUACAUAUGCAGACUUUAUUGCUUCAGGAAGAACAGGUAGAAGAAAUGCGUUACAUGACAUACUUGUGUCCUCUCCAGGUGGGAACUCUAGUGAACUAUCCUUAAAGUUAUCAGAGCUUGACAUAAACAAAUCAGAAGGAGAAGGAGAUGCACAACGAAAUCCAACUGAGCAAACGGGAGAGGCCCAAGGGGAGACAGCAAAGCAAGAAAGCUGACAUCCAACUUUGACCGACUGGAACAGCUGCUGGAUGUUUUCAGACUACAAGCGCGUGCUGGAACAAAUUUGUUUCCAUGAGCAAGCUGGUGGAAAAGAGAGUGCAUGUGUCUUCACUGCUGGAACCCAUUCAACACAAUGCUAAAAAUGGGGGUACAAGCUGUGGCAGAAGACAGAUUUUUCUCUACCUCUGUCAUUAGCAAUGGUUGAACAUGUAUUGAUUUUUUGGGAUAGUGUCAUCAGAUGGAUCCCUUCAUAAUGACUACUUGAUGGGAACACUUCUAGAAGGUAGAACAGGUAAAUCUUGUAGCAAAUGGCCUUUGAAAUGUUAGAGGAUCUAAUUGUGUAUCUUUAGCAAAGGCUUAUGUGAUCCUCAGAGUUUAAAAUUCUCUGGCCAAAGUGUUCACCCAUUAAAAGAACUGUAAAGAAAGCACUGUUUUUAGAAUUUUGAGUCUGUUUGACAGCUGUUAUUUACAAUGUUUUUUGUAUUGUACAACUUAAAUGCUCCACACUGCCCCUUCUCAACUGCUUAUGAAGAAUAUUUCUGUUACUGUGAAUUUUUCUACCACGCAUUUUGAAAGGGCUGUUUUUUUGCAUAAUGUGGUGAUGUGCACGAUAGAUUUAAAAAGUCAACUGCUAAAUUGAUCAUGCCUAAACCUAAAUUACUCAGCAACACUCUUAAUUUGUUACUAGAUGAGCCUUCAAAAUGAUUUGUUAAUGUGAAUAGUUCAGUGUUUUUUGUGUCCUUGGUACAGUUUUGCCACUUGCCUGUAGUUAGUUGCAUAUCAGAGACGCAAAUUUAAUCUUCUAUGUUCUUCUUCCCCAUUUUUCUAAUUUUACUUCCAAUUUCUUAACCUUUCUCC